AUGAUUACCAACGGUCAAGCUGAAAAAGUGCCUGUUACCAAACGAGAAUCACAGAAAGCAACACUAAUGAAACUAGUCAAUAAACGGGUGAACACUCUUUGGCAGGAAGUUGAAAGCGAAGAAAAAGGUGAGAAAGAUCAACGUGCACAAGGUCAAGAUGCCAGUAAUAGUCCUGAUCUUAACCUUUUGUCUCGAACUGAUGUGUGUAGCUUAUACUGGGAUUAUUCUAAAGAUUUCUAUGAAGUCUAUCAUAUGGGCAAGAAAAUUGAUGGUGCACGUCCAUUAUAUGGGCAAGAAAGUUCAAGGCGCACGUCCAUCUUCAUUCCAACUGAUUGA